GGCAAAAUGCAUGACAGUAAGAAUGUGGAGAAAGACAUUGCACCAUCCGAACUGCCUGCAAACCCAGGUUAUCGGCAUUCAAAAGAGCAUUCUAGUAAAGCUACCUUAAUUUGGCCCUUAUUUUUCUUAAUCAUGUUUCUGACAAUCAUAGCGUGUGGAGUGGUUGUUUUCAGCGCAAUAAGAGCUAACUGCCAUCAAAAGUCAUCAGUAUGUCUUCAAGCUGCAUGCCCAGAAAGCUGGAUUGGUUUUCAAAGAAAGUGUUUCUAUUUUUCUGAUGACACCAAGAACUGGACAUCAAGUCAGAGGUUUUGUGACUCACAAGAUGCUAAUCUUGCUCAGGUUGAAAGCUUCCAGGAACUGAAUUUCCUGUUGAGAUAUAAAGGCCCCUCGGAUCACUGGAUUGGGCUGAGCAGAGAGCAAGGCCAGCCAUGGAAAUGGAUAAAUGGUACUGAAUGGACAAGACAAUUAGUCAUAAAAGAAGAUGGUGCCAACUUGUAUGUUGCAAAGGUUUCACAAGUUCCUUGAAUGAAUCCAACACUUGUCAUGGUUUCCUAUCCUGGGAGCAGGAGAGUGUGCCUAUUUGAAUGA